AUGAACAAUACACAAGUCACAAAAGCCAGAUCAGAAUCGGCGACUCUUGAGAGACUCCCAACAGAGAUCUUAGUCGCCAUUCUCGACAAUUUGCCUCUGAAAGGAGUACUCAACGCGACGCUCCUGUGCCGUCGGCUUCAUGCGGUAGCAGUGCGCACUCUCCAGCAGCGUCUGCUCGCCGUCUCCUCUCUCCCGGGCUACGAGCUCAUCCUCGAGUGCUACCACCCGAGCCUCAAGAUCUGGACGCCGUAUCUCUGCUGCCGGCCGUUCGACACGCGUCAUCCCGACGGUGCGGCGGCGGCGGCGGCGGCGGACUUGCGCCGCGUCUGCCAGCUGUACGCCGUGUUCCGGCCCGUCGUGACCGAGGAGAACCGCCGACGGCCGUUCCGCAUGGUGUGGCCGGCCUCGGUGCCCGGCGGCGGCGGCGGCUCGGUGCACAGCGCGGACGAGGCCGCGACGCAGGACCUGCGGCUCGACGAGGGCGAGCUCUUUUCGCAGCUGUGCGUCGUGCUCAACCUCGUGACGCAGGGCCCGCGCGCCGGCGGCCUCUUUGUCACGCACUACAACAUGAGCGAGCACGUCGUGCGCGUCUUUCGCCGGUGGCUCGGGGAAAUGGCCAGCCGCGAUGACGGCGACGGCCGACCGUCGUGGGACGCGCCGCCGACGACGACGACGGACAAGGUGCCGCUCGCGUCGGACCGCAUCCUCUGGGUGGACGCGGCCAGGACCAUCGGGCUGCUGUUCCGGGUGUCGCUGGGACCGGCGGAGAGGAUGCCGCUGAUCUCGGGAGCAGACCAAGACCCAGCCGUGUCGUAUACGCUGACGUACCAAGAACUGAUUAUCCGCUCAACAAGUCUGCUCAUGGCGGUCGAGGCAUCGGCGAGCAAGGAGAUGGAGCCGUCGCGAAACUCCAUCAUCCUGUCGCCUGCCGCGUCUCGGCCGUGA